UACAUUGAAGCAAUACUCGUUGGAGCACUUCAAAACAGGCAUCUAUGAGACCUUUUCGACAGUUUAGCUUCCUUGGUGGCGGUUUUCCGAUCCCGAGCAAGAUAUGCUACUUCUGGAUGUGCAUCUGAUUGCAAGGUUGAUUUAUUAGUCGCGUGUCAAGAAGGGAGCCUGUUUCCUAAUUAUAAUGAGGAAUACAAGGAGCAAUUCAUUUCUUCGAUCAAUAUUUGACCACUGUUGUUGUGGAUUCAUAUUUUACCUUGGAUGACUUGAUCAAUACAAGCUCAGACAUGGAUGACUUUUGGAAGGCACUUUGCAGGCCACACGGGAACAUAUCAGCAUGGAACGGACAAGAUUUUGGGUUCUGCUUUGAGGAGCUGGUUGUUGUAUUUCCCCCUCAUAUUCUCCUGUUGGCAAUCAGUGUCUACCAUUUAGCUAGUGCUGGGGGCACAGGCAUUAGCAGUUAUGUGUACCCUUUUCCCAUAUUUCUGAAGCUGAGACUGUUAUGUACCAUAGGCCUUAUGUUAACAGCAGUUGUAGCUCCACUUUUGACAAAAAUAUUGUUAGGAUUUUCACUUAGUGCUAUAGAUAUUGUUACUUCUGGUGUUGUUUGUAUUUGUUGGUUUAUUCACUCCUUUUACAUUUGGAAGUUAAAGUAUUUAAUAUUGGGAACAUAUAGAGGACCUUUACUGAAUAUUCUGUCAUACAUUUUAACAUUUAUAUCUGCUUGUUUUAUGCUACAUACUGCUAUUCUGCUGUGGAUACACAGACCAGAAGAUUUUAAUCCUUAUUUAUGUGUGUGUUCAUUUGUGAAUUUUGGUUUACAUUGUGUGUAUAUAAUUUCGUUACUGCCUAAUACUCAACGAGGGAUUAAUGUGCAAUUACUAAGUCAUAGUUUAAACAUAAACGAAUCAGAAGAAGAGUCAUUAUUAAAUGGUUAUAGGACAUCAUAUGGUGCAAUUAGACAAGACUUUAGCCCCCUUGAAGGGGAGGAUAACAAAUCGUGGCUAUCUAGAUUGACUUUUCACUGGGUGAACCCACUAAUGGUAAAAGGAGCUCAACAUGACAUAUCAACUGCAGAAGAUCUCUUCACAUUACCUAGAAGAGUGAAUACCAAAAGUAUAGAAAACAAAUUUGGCCUAAUGUUAGAAUUCAUAACUAAUGCCCAUGCAGCUGUCUCAGAAAAAAGUAAAAGUUUCUCUCAGAGAAAAUCUAUAGAUGAAAGGAAUAGGAUACCAGAUGUAAAAAUAAAAGCCCAAAAUAACAGAAAAACUUUACUGAAAGCAUUGAAUAGUACAUUUGGAUGGGAGUACUACUCUCUAGGACUUUUAAAGCUGUUUGCUGAUCUUGCAGGAUUUGCAGGUCCUUUACUUCUUAACCUUUUAGUGUCCUAUGUAGAGAAUAAAAAUGAACCAGAAAUACAUGGUGUGUAUUAUGCGAUUGGACUUCUUGUCUCAACACUCAUCGGAUCACUGUGUUCAACCCAGUUUGAUUACAAUAUGCAGGUGGUUGGACUAAAGAUCAGAUGUUCUAUCAUAACAACAGUGUAUAAAAAGGCUCUAAGAGUCAGCAGUGUGUCCUCUUCAAAGUUCAGUACCGGAGAAAUUGUUAAUUUUAUGAGUACAGAUACAGAUAGAGUUGUGAAUUUCUGUCCUAGUUUCCAUGCUUUCUGGAGCCUACCAUUUCAAGUGGGCGUGUCUCUUUAUCUGCUCCACACUCAAGUUGGAUUAGCUUUCUUAGCAGGUCUGGGGUUUGCUAUUCUUCUAAUUCCUAUCAAUAAAUGGCUGGCUAACAAAAUUGGGCAGCUCAGUACAGAGAUGAUGCUUCAAAAGGAUGCAAGGGUUAAGCUAAUGACAGAAAUUCUCAGAGGUAUCCGUGUGGUCAAGUUCUAUGCUUGGGAAGAUACAUUCCAGACCAAAAUAGAAAAGUUACGAAGCGCUGAGUUAAAAAGUUUGAAAGGAAGGAAGUACUUGGAUGCAAUGUGUGUCUACUUCUGGGCCACUACACCGGUGCUUAUAUCCAUUCUGACUUUCACCACAUACACUUUACUAGGAAACACUCUCACUGCUGCUAAGGUCUUUACCAGUCUCUCUCUGUUCCUGAUGCUGAUCAGUCCCCUGAAUGCCUUCCCCUGGGUCCUUAAUGGUCUCAUGGAGGCCUGGGUCUCCCUCAAAAGACUGCAGUCAUUUGUCUCACUCCAAAACAUUGAUCUCAAAGAAUAUUAUGCACAAAUAAAUGGCACACCAGAUGAUGAAGAGGAACUAGUUAUCACAGCUGGUACUUUCUCUUGGCAAGAGGAAUUAGAUAAACAAAGCUCAGUGAAGUCUGUUGAGAACCAUUUUGAUGACAGUGAUCAUCAUGGGACUAUGCUCCUCAAAGAUAUUAAUCUUACAGUAGAAAAGGGGCAGUUUAUAGGGGUGGUAGGUAAAGUCGGAUCUGGGAAGAGUUCUCUACUGAGUGCCAUCCUGGCAGAAAUGCAGCGUGUGGGGGGUCAGAUCUGGGUCAGGGAUCUGGAGGAGGGCUUCGCCUUAGCCAGUCAGGAGGCCUGGAUACAGCAGUGCACUAUCAAAGACAACAUUCUGUUUGGAAGGCAAUAUGACCACAGGAAGUAUGAGAAAGUUUUAGAUGCAGCAGCACUCACCGAGGAUCUCAGAGUCUUUUCUGCUGGAGAUAAAACAAUGGUUGGAGAAAAUGGGGUGACUUUAAGUGGAGGUCAGAAAGCUAGGGUGGCUCUAGCAAGAGCUCUUUAUCAGGAUAAAGGUAUUUAUUUACUGGAUGACCCCUUGGCUGCUGUGGAUGCUUAUGUUGCCCAGCAGUUAUAUGACAAAUGCAUUAUGGGAAUGUUAAGGAAGAAGACAAGAAUCCUGUGCACUCAUCAUGUAAAGUUCUUGUCAUCAGCUGAUGUAGUGGUUGUGAUGGAAGAUGGAAAAAUUUCCAGAAUUGGUAGCCCUUCAGAGGUGUUGGAUCAGGACUUCAUGAAGGAAAACAAAAUGGAGGAUCUUGAGAUGGAAGAGGAAGUGGAAAUGGAUGAUGUGGAAGGUGGAGAUGUUGAAUCAGAGCAGGUGGAGGAGGAAGGGAUGGAGAAGGGGGUUGUACGUCUGUCUGUGUAUAAGGCAUACUGGUCAGCUGUAGGAGUUUGUCUAGCUCCCAGUAUCCUCACAGCUCUGUUUCUUAUGCAAGCCUCAAGAAAUGUGAAUGACUGGUGGUUGUCCUAUUGGGUAACUAAUUCACGUGAUUCAGCCAGCACCAAUCACAGCAGUGCUAAUGACACUGGAAACUCGACAUCAGAUGACAUCCAGUUCUAUCUAACAGUAUAUGGGGCCCUGGCGGGGGCCAAUUCCUUGUUCACUCUACUGAGGGCUUUCCUUUUUGCUUAUGGAGGAAUCUGUGCUGCACAGUUCUUACAUAAAAGACUUUUAUCUGUGAUGUUGAAGGCACCUGUCUCGUUUUUUGACACCAAUCCAAUUGGACGCAUCAUUAACCGAUUCUCCUCAGAUCUCUACACCAUUGACGAUUCCUUACCCUUCAUCCUUAACAUAUUUUUGGCCCAGCUGUAUGGAAUUCUGGGAACUGUUGUCGUCAUCUGUUAUGGACUCCCAUGGUUCACACUUCUACUUCUACCACUCGGAGUUGUUUAUUAUAAAAUUCAGCAUUUCUAUAGACACACCUCGAGAGAAGUGAAGCGGAUUUCUAGUGUCUCCCUGUCUCCUGUUUAUGCUCAUUUCUCUGAAACUGUCACUGGACUAACAACAAUCAGGGCCUUCAGAGAAUCAGAUAGAUUCAGAAGAGAGAACCUUGAGAAGUUGGACCUGAACCUGAGGGCUCAGUUCUGUGGACAGGCUGUGGCCAGCUGGCUAGGAUUCAGACUCCAGAUGAUGGGGGUUGUCAUGGUUACAGGCAUUGCUUUCAUUUCUGUUCUCCAGCAUCACUUCCAGGCAGUUAAUGCAGGUUUAGUUGGCUUAGCUUUAUCUUACGCUCUUUCCGUGACCAAUCUUCUGAGUGGAGUGGUCAGUUCCUUCACAGAGACAGAGAAACAGCUGGUCAGUGUAGAGAGGGCCCAGCAGUACCUUAACAUUCCACCAGAAAACCUGCAGGGGUCACUGCUGGUUUCUCCAUCUUGGCCCACUAUGGGUGUAGUAAGCUUCAAGAAUGUUUACCUGAGAUACAGGAAUGACCUGUCUGAUGCACUGUGUGGAGUCACAUUCUGUACUCAGCCCGGUGAAAAAGUGGGCAUUGUGGGCAGAACUGGGUCGGGCAAAUCCAGUCUGUUUCAAGCCUUAUUCAGAAUUGUAGAGAUCCAUCAGGGAGACAUCAAAGUAGACAAUAUGAGCAUCAAAUUCCUAGAUCUCAAGGAAAUCAGGAGUCGAUUUGCAGUCAUUCCACAAGAUCCGUUCCUGUUCAGUGGAACUGUAAGAGAGAACCUGGAUCCUUCCAAUGUUUACGGAGAUGAGGAGAUCUGGAAUUCUCUCAGUAGAUGUCAUCUUGUGUCAGCUGUAGAGAGACUGGGGGGCCUUGGGGCAGAAGUUGGGGAGAGGGGCAAAAUGUUCUCUGUGGGUCAGAAACAACUUCUGUGUCUAGCUAGAGCCAUUUUAACGAAAACUAAGGUGCUUUGUAUUGAUGAAGCAACAGCCAGUGUUGAUAUGAAAACAGACUCCUUAAUUCAGGUGACCAUUCGGGAAGAAUUCAAAGAUAGCACAGUGCUUACGAUAGCCCACAGAAUAGACACUGUCAUGGACAGUGAUCGGGUAGUGGUCAUGAGGGAGGGAAAGGUGGCUGAAUUCGACACACCCUCUGUUCUCAUGCGGAAUCCAAACUCACUGUUCUCAAAACUGGUGUCUGGUAACUCAUAAGGAAUCGGAUGCAAAGACUUUUACAGAGACUAUGAGGUUCAUUUUCUAUUGCAUGAAUCAGCAUAAGUACAUGUAUAUGAGGUAUUAGUAGCAUUUAGAAUCAAUAGCAUACGCAUCAGCAUGUGUCAUCUUCCAAGCAAUCAAUCAGGUGAUGGAAUUCCUAGAUAGUACUACUGAAUCAUAAAACAUUGUAAAUGUUUUGCCAAGUGUAUUAAUAAGAUAAGUAUUAAUGCUGCAACAGAGAAAAGGGACCUUGUAUCUAUGAGCCUAUUGCUUUUAUCUUUCAUAGGGAAAAUGAAUAUUAUAUCACAUGUUAUGAACAUGUAUAUCUAUAAAAUCAUAAUACAAAUGUCUGUGAUAGUUACUACAGGACUGGUGCAAUGUUUGAGUAUGCAAACUUUUGAACAUAAUUAAACAUACAUGCAUAACAGUAUUCUUUAUCCUAUGCUGUGGUUAAAAAUGCCUAUAUUGUGAACAAAUUUAUUUCUGUGAUGCUUUUAUUCAUAAUAAUACUGUUUGUCUUUGUAUGCUAUGUAGGCUAUUUCCUUUACAAUAGUUAUGGCUGCUGCUCUACUGGAAUCCCGAAAUAAACAAGACUUCCAUUUGA